AUGGUGCGCAACAGGUCGGCGGCGCGAGCCACUUGUUGCAUCGAGGGCUGCCCGCCGGCCGCCCUGCAGAUCGUCGCGCAGAUGCGGCUCUUGCACAACGUCAUGUCCGAAUACUGUCUCCAACCGUGCAGCACCAACCGGAACAUCAUGUUUGUCAAGACGAGGGAGCCCAUCACAGACGACGUAUUCAGCCCUGCUUCGUCACCCAAGCGACUCUGCCUUGAGAUCGAGUCCCGAACUUCCUGUGACGACGUGGACAAGAUAGCUCGCAUCAUCCUGACACCCACGCCGCCAUCUGAGUCCCCCGUGAAACGGCCACUCCAGGAUGUCACCCUCCGUCACAACAACAGCGGCAGCUCGUCACCAUCACUCCCACCAUCACCCGGCACACCUACCAAGUCCAGCGGUGACUUCUUGGGCAGCCCCUCAGACCCCAUGACGCCAACGGCUCGUCUCAAGCUGUUAUCCUGCCUGGCUGCAGAACGAUUGCCCUAUACGAGUGGCGAAAAUGGAGCGGACGACGAGCUCUCCAACCACAGCAGCAACUCUGAGAACCAGAAGCCGACCAGUCGGAAGGACAAGUCCCUCGGCUUGCUCUGUCAGGCGUUCCUGAGCCUUUAUCCUGAAUACACGAGUUCGUCGGACCACAUCAUCGUUUCCCUAGACGAAGUCGCCAAGCAUUUGGGCGUGGAGAGGCGGCGAGUGUACGACAUUGUCAACGUCCUCGAGAGUGUCGGCAUGGUGACCAAGGAGGCCAAGAACAAGUACCGCUGGUUCGGCAAGGGGGCAUUGCUGGAGACCUUGCCAAAGCUCAAGGCCCUCUCGGAGAAAAGCAACAUAGCAGGCCAAAUCCACUCGGUGAAGGACUUCGAGUUCAACCACUCCCUCGAGAUGAGCAGCCAGUUGUUUGUGGUGCCGUCCAACGAGGCCAUCAACUCGGGUCAGGUCACGGCAGCGUCCAUGACGGCCGACAACGGAGGAGGGAGCGGAGGAUCCGGCAUGGCCACCCUCCAGGACUUGGAACUGCGUCGAGAGAAGUCCAUGGGCAUCAUGAGUCAGCGCUUUCUCAUGCUGUUCCUGACAUCGCCGCCGAAAACAGUAAGCCUGGACUUGGCUGCCAAAGUACUCAUUGGUGACCCAACAGUCGACAAGACACAGUCCCUAGUCUACAAGACCAAGAUCCGACGGCUAUACGACAUCGCCAACAUCCUGACCAGCCUCGGUCUCAUCCGCAAAGUCACGGUGACCGAGUCCCGGGGCCGCAAGAGUGCUUUCAAGUACAUAGGCCCCGACAUUGGCUCAGCCAACACAGAGGAAGAUAUUCAAGUCCAGACGCAGUCACGGCACUCACUUGUCGCCACAGGAUUUUCAUUUAAGAGAAAUGCCCUGUCAAAAGACGAGAGUUCGAUGUCAAUGCCGCAGUCGCCGGGCUCUAAUGAAUGUACCGCACAAGUCCUGGAACUCCUGCAACAGACGCAAGAACGCUCCAAGCGUGGCUCAUCGCGGCUGAUGCGGACGCACAGCGACGACAUUUCGGCGCCCACCCGGAAGAGCCGCCGCGGACCCCAGUUGGCCUCGACGGCGACACCUGCGUCAACUGCAAAGACCCUGGUGCGGCACGCCAGCUUCCACGACAUCUGUGAGGUCGCCGAGAUGGAGCGGCGGCGUCUGUACUCGGAGGAGGAGGAGAACCAACGGGACCUGUCCACCCACGACGCGCCGGUUGGCAACGACAAUGGCGCAGCUGGCCCGGACAAGUCUCCUGGUGGUGCAGAACCGGGAGUCGAUGGAGCUUCCCCAAGCGAAGUGCCUACAUCCGAUGUUGAACAGGCUGAAGCCAAGAAGAGCGAGCCAAGUGCGGAGUCGCACGUGAUCACCCUGUCGGAAGAGCAGUACACCAGUCUGCUGCAGUCGCUGAAUUUGCCGAUCCAUUCCAAGCCAAUCAUCAGCAUCCAGCAGGAGAAGGCAAAGAAGGCUGAGCCACCCUGGAGUACCUUCAUCUAG